UUGUAAAGGGAUGAACAGCAUCUUCCAGAAUGACUUUUCCGUUAUAGUAUUUCCUCUGGAAUUUGAGAUACACAAGUCGUUUUAUCACAAUAAUUAUAAAAAAAAAACACUCAUUUUAUUUUUCCUAUUUUAUUGUUAUAUUGGCACAUAAUGUAUCGCAUAUCGAAAUUGAUAUUUUUAAAAAUUUGCACAUUUUCACAAUUGAGUAAACUGAAUUCGUUAACCUAGAACUGCGAACUAUUAUUGAUAUAUAAAAUAUUAGAUAUUUUAUAAUUGAUCUGUCCGAUAAUUAUACACGUUGCAAACUUGUUUUUUUUGGGAUAUACAAAAAUAUUUGAUAAUUAAUAUUUGAUAAUUGAAUAUUUUAAUUUUUCUUGUAAUCAAGUUCGAUAAUAAUCUAGUUUCGGCGUCACAAAACCAGCACGUAAAGUGCAAUAGUAAAGUGAACGUAAGAAAAAGUAUUUCUAUGCUAUGUGGCGGCAAAAAUAAAAGAAUAUAAAUUUGAUUUUUAAAAAUAUUGUCAUUAAUAAUACUCUAUACAUUAUAGUUUUCAAUUUAAAAAAAAAAACUAAGAUUUCACCACGGUUCAUAAAUUUAUCAUGGAUGUAUCUGCAUUUUCCGAAGAUACUUUCGAUGUCAAAGAUUGGAUUAAUAAAACAUUUAAAUCUGUCGAGGCACAAGAAAAUAAAGAUGCAUUUGUUUCAUCUUUGGUAAUGAAGUUGCAAUUAUAUGUGCAACAAGUCAAUGGUGCUUUAGAAGAGACUAGUCAAUCUGUUCUUUCAAGUUUGCCAAGGGUUUUAAGAGAUACACAGUUUUUACAACAAGAAGCUUUAGCUUUGAGAGAGAAAAUGGUUGCAGUUAAACAAGAAAUAGAAAAGGUUGAAAAAGAUACUGCUUCAUCAAUGGCAACAUUAGAAAAAAUAGAUAGAAUAAAAACAGAUUUACAAACUGCUAAACAAGGUUUACAUGAAGCUGAUAAUUGGAGUGUACUUGCUAAUGAUGUUGAAGAGGUAUUUGAAUCAGGUGAUGUAGAAGCUAUUGCAAAUAAAUUAUUCAGUAUGCAAAAAUCAUUGGCUAUGCUUGUAAAUGUUAUUGAUUAUGAGGAUAAAAAAUUACAAUUAGAAGGAUUAAAAAAUCGAUUAGAAGCUAUAGCUAGUCCAAAAUUAGUUCAAGCAUUUACUGCUGCAAAUUUAGAACAAUCUAAAGUUUACGUGGAUAUUUUUAAUAAAAUAGAACGUUUACCACAACUUCUUAAAUAUUAUCAUAAUUGUUUGAAAGUAUCAUUAGGACAAGAAUGGCGUCGUACUAUUGAAUUAGCUCAAGAUGAAAAUGUUUCUUAUUGGUUACAUACUUAUUAUGAUAAAUUAUUAUCUAGUUGGAAUGAUCAGGUAAAAUGGUGUCAUCUUGUAUUUCCAAAUACUUCAAUUGAUAUCAUAAUUGAUGUAUAUGCUGAUCUUUUGAAAAGUUUGGAUCCAAGCAUUCCGGAAUGUAUAGAAUCAUUUUUAAAACAACAUACAAAUGCUAUGCAAUUAUCUUUGUUACUUGAACUUAAACAAAUUACAAAGCAUUUUGCAAUAAAUUUACAAGGUGUAAUUGAAACAUCAUCACAUGGAAAAUUUCAAAACUCAAAACUAUUAUCAUUGGCACAAGCAAUAUAUGCACCUUAUGUUACAUAUGUUGUAAAAUACAAUAUUUAUGAAACAGCUCAACUUGAACAUCAGCUACAAUCUAUGGGUUCUGCACAAGAUGAUUUAAGUGAUACAAUCAAUAUUCUUUCCCUUAGCAUUUCAAGAGUAAUGGAAUAUGCAAAUGAAGCCAAUAAAAGAUGUAAACUCUUUACAGAUGGCUGUGGUUAUCCUGGUUUAUUAAAAUCUUUGAUUAGUUAUUUUAAUAAAUAUCUUGAAAAAUAUCAAGCUGCUAUACGACAAUUAGAGCGUAAAAAAGUAAAACAUGAAGAUUGGAAUUUAUUUCAAAUGUGCCUGACUUUAAUGCAGACUAUAGGUGAUCUUUUGGGACAUAUUCAACAAUUUGAAAAAUCAGUGAUAAUUGAUAUUAUUGAAGCUAACAAUAAACUACAAAGUACAACUUGUAGUGUUUUCAUUCAAUAUAAAAAAUUACUUUUAAAUACAUCAAAUCAAACUGAAUUGGAGAAUUUAACUGCAUCUUUCCAAAAAGAAGAUGAAACAAUUCUGGAUCCAAUAAUGAAAUCUAUUAAUAAACUAUGUUCUGAUUUGCAUCGUGCAACAUAUGAAGUAAUUUUUGCUCCUAUAUUUACACAAUUGUUACUAGUACAAAAAGCACCAGCAUGGUCAACAGAAGCCAAUAAAAUGAUUCAUUUAAGUGCAGAUUUACCUGAUUAUAGUUUUGCACCUCAAGAAUAUAUAACACAAGUUGGACAAUACUUAAUGACAUUACCACAACAUUUAGAGCCAUUUUUGCUUAGGGAAAAUCCAAGUCUUACUCAAGCUUUAAAAGCUGCAGAUCCACAAUAUACACAAAGUUCUACUGAAUCUGGAUUUACUGAUAUUUUAUUAGAAAUUAUUACUAAAGAAACAUGUCAAAUGUUUCUAGAUCAAACAUUAGGAAUUUGUCAAUUAAAUUCUGCAGCAUGCAAGCAACUUGCAACUGACAUAGAUUAUCUUGGUAAUGUUUUGGAAGAACUUGGUUUAUCUUUAUCAGAAAAUCUGCAACAUAUGUCUCUUUUAUUAAGGCUAUCACCAGAAGAUUAUCAAAACAGCAGUUCAGGAUGUAAUGCUAGACUUGUAGCUGCUGUUAGACAAAUGAGAAAUAUAACAUUUUCUGCCUAAAUAACAUGUAACAAUUAUUAAGUAAAUGUAAUGAAUAUAGAAAUACUAUGUUGUACAUUAUGUAGCAAAUGGCAAUUAUAAUUUCAUAAUUUUUAUCUGUUUCAUGUAUAAAAAAAUUUUUAUAUAUUUAAGGAAGUGAGAUUUAUACAAAAA